AGUGGAGUCAAAAAUCCUUGUAAAUAUUUAAUGUCUUUCUUUUUCUGGGCCCGUGCGGUGGGCGGAGUCUGAGGUGUGUCGCGGUCACGUGAUUGGCCGACUAGUGGUUUAGGCGGAUGCCAGACGCUUCUUUCCGGCCCGAUUACCCUGGCCUGUGUCCUCUAUGGCAAGGCUGCCCUGCCCCCGGCCACCAGCCUUCUUUUCACGGCCUGGCCUGUAAUUUCAACUAUCCUAAGAGGCGGCACGGCGUGGGGCACCUUUCUGGCACGACAAUUAAAGAGUAACUCACAUUCUUCGAGACACGGUGGUCGGCGGUGACGCGGCGGGUGGCGUGCGGCCUCCGCGUCGCCGCUGGUAAUGAUAGAGUCAAUCGCGUCUCCGGGCCGGUGUGCGAAGUCGGCGAGAGGGAAAAAUGCAUUUUUUUCAUAGUCAUUUUUCAGCAGGGUAAGAUUCCCUGCCCUGGGAGCCCGAGGCAGGGGCGGGCAGGGCCGGGCGACGGAGGGCGGCCAGAGGUGGGCGGGGGAGCCACGCACUCAGGAAACGGACGCCGCGGGAAAAAAAUGGUGGUGGGUGUCGGCGAGCGAGUGUAGGUGUUCGGACGAGUUUUGGGUUCACCGCGCGGUUGGCCGUUGGGAGGCGGGUAGUCCUCAGCGGGGCAGCCCUCCCGAGCCCUCACCCCGCCAGUCAGUCAUCCUCACCCCGCCACACCAGCCAGACCGCCACACCGCGCCGGCCACACCACCCACCGGGCCCCCGCCACCCUCCCGCGUGUCCCAGUGUCGCGCUGCCACUACUGUGCCGCCGGGGCGUCCCACGGACCCUACGCCGCCGCCGCCCGCAGGAGUGUGACUUGCUGCCGCCCAGCGUCGCCGCGAGUGGUGGUGUGUCCUGCCCGCCGUGUGCCCGCGGAGCACGCCGCUGCCCGCACACAAGUCUGUGGUGUUAGCGCGCCGCGCCCCGCACCGCUCCCGCCUCAUGACAUUAUAGAUGAAAGUGUUUGCUGGCGGCCCGUCGCCGAGCAGGCCCACAACUCUGCCGCCCGGCCCGGCCCGCGCCCGCGGCCCCGACGACCCCGCAAAAAGCUGCCCCGCGGCGCCCCGAGGGAGGCGAGGCGUGUCUGCGGCGACACGAGUGUCACCUGAAGGGAAACCUCGCUUCCUGAGACGUCCGCCGAGUUCCGGCUGUCGAGCACUUCCCUCCGGCGCCGCCACAGCGGAACUCACGUGACGGGGCCGCCGCCCCCCACCCUAGUGCUGCCGCCCAACGCCACCUCGCAUAAGGGUCGCGCGUCACCUCGUCGCCGCCGCCGACAGCGUCUUCCUGGAAGACUUGUCGCGGCCACGAGGAAUCAAGACAAGUGGCCAGCGCCGUGCGGCCCGCCGCCCCGCCGCUGACCAGGCUCGUCAGCGGCCAGCCAACGGCCCCCGUGGCCGCCCCUGUGUCCCCGCGCCGCCCCCAGUGUGUGUAUUAUGUAAGGCCGCCCGCCGCAAGGCCCGUGAGUGACUCCAGGCAGCAGCCCGCCGCUGCCGCCGAACAGUCGGGCGGCGGCCGUCGCCUGCAGGCCCCCGCCGCGGACACCCGUGACACCGUGGGACUGAGGUGGGUGCCAGGCAGUGCCGCUGCACGGGGCAGCAUCGGGCACGGGCGGGCAGCAGCCGACACCGCCGGCGCCGUGGCUCCCCAUGCUGGCGCCGCCGACCCGCGCGCCCUGAUGACGGUAGCGUGGCGCAGCGCUGGUGACAUGGCGACGGAGGUGGGCGGCAUGGGUGGCAUGAGCGGCGGGGGCGAGCACCCGGGCGAGCUGAUAAAGACGGGCGCCCCGAACAUCCUGUGCACGGCGCUGCCCAACCACUGGCGCUCCAACAAGUCGCUGCCGAUGUCCUUCAAGGUGGUGGCGCUGGACGACGUCAAGGACGGCACCAUCGUCACCAUCAGGGCCGGCAACGACGAGAACUUCUGCGGCGAGCUGCGCAACAACUCCGCCGUCAUGAAGAACCAGGUGGCCAAGUUCAAUGACCUGCGCUUCGUCGGCAGGUCCGGCAGAGGGAAGAGCUUCAACCUGUCCAUCAUAAUCAGCUCGGCGCCUAUCCAGAUCACGACGCUGACGAAGGCGAUCAAGGUUACGGUAGACGGACCUCGCGAGCCCCGGAACAAGUCACGUGAGUGGAUUGUGGGACACCCCGGCUGGGGCUUCCCUCUAGGCUACCACCCGUGGUUGGAUUCCCACCUGUCAGCGCUGGGCUACAACCUGGGCCUUACCGCCUUCAACCCCCUCGCCCACACCAAGGCCCUCGAGCUAGCAAGAGUGGGCGGCAACGGGUGGCUGGACGCCUGGCGGGGGGCUUCCGGACUGGUGGGGGGGCUGGGCAUGGGCGUGGGGGGCUCGCACCUCCCCGGCACGGCCCUGGGCAGCCUCUCCGCCCACUCGCUCCCCUCUCUGCCCGCCCACAACCCCGCCCACUCCCACGCCCUGGCCAGCAUAACCAACACAGAGAGCACGAGACAGCUGCUGAGCGGUGAGUCCAGGUGUCUGAGGUGUCGCGGGUGUGAAUCAGGGGGGGCGUGCACCUCCCACCUCCACCACGCCACCCCCACGCCCCCCUCCUCCUCCCCCGCCGCCGUCUCCUGCUCCCCCUCCACCUCCACCAACAGCAACAGCAGCAACAACAACAACAACAACAGCACCACCCAGAACCACAACAACAACACCACCACCACCACGAGCUCGGUCUCCACCACCACCACCACCACCACCACGACCAACACCACUGGAGGAGGCGGAGGAGGAGGAGGAGGUGGUGGAGGUGGAGGUGGAGGAGGAGGAGGAAAUACCGGGAAUGGAGGCAGUGGAGAAACAGGAAGUGGAGGAGGUGGAGUAGGGGGGCUAAUAGGAAGUGGAUUAGGGGGUGGAAUCGUGAGUUUGCGGCCGCCUCCCCUCGCUGCUCUGGGUGGACUGAGCGCCUUCUCUAUCCCGAAGACGCUGGGAGGCCUCAAGUCCGCCUUCCAGUCCCGUGAAUCCUCUUUUCAGCCCGUCAAGCCUUCCAGCGACAGGAGCCCCGAAGUCAAGGUGUGGCGGCCCUACUGAAGGAUACUAAAGGAAUCUGCAGGACUCUGAAGGACCCCAAAGAAGCCUGUAGGAACCUGAAGGACUCUAUAGAAAGCUGCGUCACCCUGAAGGAACCUGAAAGAGUCUGAAGGAGCCUGAAGAACCAACCCUGAAGGACUUAAUAGGACUCUGAAGGACCCUGAAGGACCCUGCCAUGACCACAGGAAGGACCAUAAUGUGACCUCCACUAACCCUUCUCCCUCGCUCCCCUACAUUUUCCCUCCCCCCUCCACUAAGUUUCCUCCCCGUCCACUACACUCCCCACCUCCCUCCUCCCUUCGCCCACCUCCUUUCCAAAGACAACCUUACCCCAAUCCACCCUAAUACGAGCACCCCAACCUCCACUUUUCUCUCCCCACCACCCCCCUCACAAAAUACCCCCUCCACAAUCUCCUCCUCCCCAAUAUAAUAUACCUCCACUACCUCCCCCUCCUCUCACAACCUCUCCCCCAUCCCCUCCAUGAUCCUUCUCUCCCUUCUCCCUCCUCUUCUACCUCCAUCGAAACCCCUCCUCCUCCCUCCACCUCCCCCUCCACCCCCCAGCACGUACCUCAUCUCCAAUCACGUACACUAAAUUGCCAGCCACGUACGCACGCACGCACGCACGCACCCCGAACGGACUUCAUACCCGUGUGCGUGUAUGUACGUGUGUGCGCGCGCGUUCUAAUGCGUGUAUGUGUACGUGUGUGCGUGUAUAAGUGUGUGAACGUCUUUUUUCUAAGUGGUACACAGGCACGCACCACCACCACCACGACCUGACCUGUACUUGUUUUAUACGAAGUGAAAAAAAAAAUUGUGAUAGAAAGUGGAAAAGAGUGGGAGGGGAAAAAAUAUAUAUAAAAAAGGAAAAAAAUGAGAGUUGAUGAUGAAGAGAGAGAGGAGAGGAGAGAAAAAAAAAGGAAAGAAAAAUGAAGGAGAGUAUGAUAAAAAAAAACUGUUUGAUCUCAUUUCGCAGCUCAGAGAAGAAAAAACUGACGGAGGGAAAAAAAGAAAAAAAGAAAGGAGAGAUAAAAGGAGGGAGAUAAAAAAAAAAGUAAGAGUGGAAAAAUAGACGGAAACUUCAUAAUGUGUUUGUGUUUGUGUGUGUUUGUUUGUGUGUUCUCAGAGUAACAAAAAAAAAAAAAGAUACAGAAGAAAGAAAAAAUACAGAAGAGGAAAAUACGGAAAGUGGAGGAGAGAAAAAGAAAGAAAAGUGGACGAGGAAAAAAGUGGAGGACAAAAUAUAUAAAAAGAGAGAGAGACAGAAAGAGGAGGUCAAAAAAAGGACAAAAAAAAGUUGGUCUACAUGAGGCCAACUAGUCAUGUGCAUUUAUGUGCGUACGGAGACAAUGUGUACAUGAAAGGGACUCCAUAUGUACGUAACUGUGUGCGUGUGUGUAAGUACGUGUGAUUUUGCGCGUGUGUGUGUGUAUGUGUGUACGUGUGUGUAUUUACGGUGGCCCAGGACCGCCCCCCCCUCACCCCUGCCCCCCUCCCUGCCCCCGCCCCCUUUUUUCUCAGAGCAAGCCUCCUCCCCUCCCCCCUCCCCCCAUCUGCCCCCCCCCCCCCUCCAUCACCUGUCCUGAGGAAAAUAUAUUAGUGAAAAACGAACUCAAAAUUUCGAAAAACCUUGCCAAAGAAAGUGCAAAGAAGCCGCCUGAGUGGUUUGUGUAGCCGAGAGAUAAUAAUAAUAAAUGGUAACUUUGUGUAUAUUAUGAGCGCGUUUGAUACCUAUAAAAAAAAAUAGAAAGGAAGAAAAAGGAAGGUGAAAGAAGAUUAUUUUGCAGGUGAGGGAAGUGACAGCAAACGACAACGACAACAACAACAACAACAACAACAACAACACGGUAACAUCACCACCACCACCACCAACAACAACAACAACAACAACAAACACGGUAACAUCACUAACAUCAGCAUCACAACAACAACAACAACAA